AUGGUUCAAUUGAAACUGAACGCAGGGGUCAUCAAUGGCGUUUGCGUCCUUUCGGCUCUCUUGAGCUAUCAUGGGAUGGUCUAUGCCCAGGGUGACGAUUGGGAUCUCCUCAUGAAGGACCAAGGGUCUCAACCUGCCCCCGCUGUUCCUCCGCCAUCAGGCUCUUCCGAUCCAUGGGAUACGCUUGGUGGAGGAAGCGGAGGCAGCGGAGGCAGCGGAGGCACUUCAGGCAGUGGAAGUAGCGGCGGAUCUGGCCCUCAUUCAGGAACCGAUCCCUGGGAUACACUUAGCGGGGGAAGCGGAGGCAGCGGAGGCACUUCAGGCGGUGGAAGUAGCGGCGGAUCUGGCCCUCAUUCAGGAACUGAUCCCUGGGAUACACUCAGUGGGGGAAGCGGAGGCACUGGCGGUAGUGGCUCCAGCCCCGGGACCGGAACCGGAGGCUCUUCUACUGGAGGACCUUCUCUUGGACACACUACCUUCGAAACGACAACCGCGCCAAACUGCGAUGCUGAUAACGGAAAGGUCUACGAGGCCGCAGACGGCAGCUGGUUCAAGAUCGAAUGUGUGACUCACAACUGGUUCACCUCCACAAAAAACAGGGUGUCCUCGACCAGCUACCAGAACUGUGUUGAUCAGUGCAGCUCCACCCCUGGCUGUGAUGCUGUUAACUUCGAGAAAGCCAACGGCAACUGUGACCUUAUGCAGGGCCCAUAUGACCCAAAUGACCCAGCCACCAAAAACGUUCCUUGCCAAAACCAUCACUUUGCCUAUACCAUUGAUCCACCAACUUAUCCCGCGCCCGUUCAGAAGAAGACCCUUUGCUCUGUGGAAUGUCCCGACGCGGAUGGUAUGAUCUAUACCACCGACCAUGGAGAGGUCUUCAAGAUGACUUGUGGAAUGAGACACGGUACCUCCCCCAUUGGCGGAGCGAUUGUGAACAGCUUGAAGGAGUGCAUGGACGAGUGCUCCGCGGUUCUCCAGUGCCACAGCGUCGAUUACCAUCCCCGAACCAGAAAGUGUUACCAAUCCAACCACCAGAGUGACCCAAGCAUCCAAGCAUCUGGUUUCGCAAGUGCCCACUCCCUCGGCUGUGCCAAUGCCUGCAAUGGUGGCUGUGGCGGUGGAUGCUCUGGAACUUGCCAGAAGAAAGUCGUCACUUCCUCCGCAUAA